GAAACGCCAGCUGUUACUGUGAGGGGACUUAACCCCUUCUGGGCCGCCGAGGCUGGAGAAACGGAGAGAGAGGAAUCCCGGCGCUGCGAAGUGGGACCUCGCUCUGAAAGCCAGCGGAGGAACCCCAGCCUUCGGCUCGCCGGCUUUGGGGCUCCAGGGCUUUCAGCGACGGAGGCAGCAUGAGUGAGUUGAGCUGAGUCGUUCGGGUGCCGGAGGAACUUUGGGGAGCCCGCCGUCGCCCGUGCCAGGUGCGCCCCGAGAUGUCCUUCGCCAUGCUGCGCUCGGCCCCCAGCCGGUACCUCUACCCCGAGAUCAGCAUGCUAUCCGAGGAUGAGGAGAACGGGAGCGAGAGCUCCAGCUCCGAGGAAAAGCCCUACCACCUGGACGCCGGCCCCUACGGCCUCAAGGGCGGGAAGCGCCGGAGCAGCAAGAAAUCCAACCGGAUCAACCGGGAGCCCCGGCAGCGCCACACGGCCAACGCGCGGGAGCGCGACCGCACCAACAGCGUCAACACCGCCUUCACUGCCCUACGGACGCUCAUCCCCACCGAGCCAGCCGACAGGAAGCUCUCCAAGAUCGAGACUCUGCGGCUGGCCUCCAGCUACAUCUCCCACCUGGGCAACGUGCUGCUGGUUGGGGAGGCCUGCGGGGACGGCCAGCCCUGCCACACCACCCCCGGCUUCUACCACCACAGCAGCGGCAGCAGCCCCCCGCUGCGGGAGAGCGAGAACUCUCAGCCCAAACAGAUCUGCACUUUCUGCCUCAGCAACCAGAGGAAACUGAGUAAAGACCGAGACAGGAAGACGGCGAUUCGGAGCUAGACAGUUUCGGAAAGGAGGAGCGGAAGGAGGAGGGAUGGAAAAGCCACACACACCAAACAAAGACACGGACAUUCCUGCCUUCCCCCUGCUGCCACGGAGAGCUGCACCCGGAGGAACGCGCCGGCCCCGGACACACCAAACAUCCUCCUGGCCGGGCUACGGCGGCAGAUGGCAGACAGGGACCUGGGAGCUCCAGAAGGCUCCACAGACGGCAGGACUUCGAAGGAUCACGCCCGCGGCACCGGGACACGGCGUGCGACAGCGAAGGCAACGCCAGCCCCCGCCCAGUGAACCAGAGGGGCGGAAAAGCUGAUCUGCAGACUCCCUGGACGGGAAGUCCUGCCCCGAUGUCGGGAAUGACCCAGGACUGCUCCUGGGGAGGACACAGCCCUUCGCCGGGUUUUGUUGAGCAGCGCUAGAAAAAACUAUGUACCGAAUACCCCGCUCCUCCGCCCCGUCCCGUCCCCUGAGUCCCAGUCGCUGCGCUUGAUCAAUACAUGCUGGUGGUUCAUGUCAUUGAUACAAUAAUAUAAAGCCGGAGUAAUUUGUAUAAUUAAAACG